GGCGCGCGUCUCCUUGAACCACACGGGGUCGCCAGGCCCCAAGGCCGUGUUGAGGGCCCCUAGAGUCUCUCCGACCCCCAGGCGCCCUGUCGCCAUGGCUACCGGAAGGAGCCAACAGAACCGGAAGCAAAACGCCAGGAGGUCAAACUUCCGGUAGGGCCGACUGGCCAGAACGCGUAUCCGGUGCCAGUCCCUGAGCUGACAGGUGCGCCAGAGGGAACCGUGGCAGCUACUUUCGACCUUCUGGCCCAGCUCUCCCACUGCAUGUCCCGUCUGCCCUGCCCGGCCUCGGGUCCGAAAUCUCGGGUUCCAUUUUAGACCUAGAGUUCUAUCGUUGCCACCUGUCUUAGCAACCAGGGAAGGGAGCCUCGCUACUGGGUGGGGCCCAGAUCAGACUUUUCUCCCUUCGAAGUCUUACCUCUGUAUUUGUGAUGUUUCAUUCCCCACGUUUGACACGUGAUCAAACGUCAAAAGUUCCAAAAGUAUUUAGUGGAAAAGGGCAGCUAACAUUAAAGCCAGCUAACAUUUCACGACCACCUAAAACUCACUUUUAAAAAGAAUUUGUGUUCUGCGGUUUCAGGCGCAUGACCCUGGGACAGCUGCUAAAACAGGGGCGCGGGCUGGAGGCCGAGCUGGGGACUUCAGCUACUCUCGUACACGAAGACGGUUGGGGUGGGUUUUCCCCAGGAAGUGAAGGGCUAUCUUUAGCGAGCUGCGGUGGCCCUGUGGGACUCACCGCGAUCACAGCCCUGUCCAGAAGCCCUAGGAACGCCCUCCCUGGUCAAUGCUACCCCGGGUUCCAGAGAUGACCACAAUCCUGGCUCUCCGACGUCUACACCCACCACUUCCAGGUUGAGGGCGCACCUGAGACAGGGGCGGAGACCAGAGCAAUCCAGUAAGUAUGUCUGGGGGUCAGAGACUGGCCCACCCCACCUAGACCAGGACGCUGCUCUGGCAGGAGAGCAGGGAACGAAAUCCAAGCGCAGCUGGAAUGCUCUGGAGACAACAGCUGCUUUUGGGAUUCCGUUGCCCGCUGUCCAGCCGUGGCGGGUGGGAAUGACCCAGGGGGGUAGGUCCCUUGUUCUGGGGCCAGAUCGGCACCCCCCCCCCCCAUUCUCAGUACCAGGAGACGGACUUACGAGUGGGCGGUAAAACAGAGUGUAGUGGGAACGAGGCGCUCACCUGGGCCCCCAAACAAUCGAAAGGUUGGUGGGGGUCUCCCCUGGGACCGGUCCAGUUCCGGAUUAGAUCCGCAGGGUAGGAUUAUUCUUGUUGGUCCCAUGAAGCCGGGUCACCGGUGUGGUGACGAUGGCGGGGAGGGCUUCGGGAUCAGCCUAGAGGGAAGCUCAACCGUGGGGCCGGAGAGGAAGUAAGCCCGCGCACCCGCCUGGGGGACACCCCCGCAUCCCGGGUCCUUUGUCUCGUGACUCUGCCAGCGCCCGCAGCGCUAGGGACCCAAUGACGGCGAUAGGACCCCCGGGAAUCCACUGCGACCGUCCUCCGCUAUGCCGAACCUUACUCCCGCCCGGCCCCGUGGGUAGCAGACGCGUCAACAUUCCCUUGAGGCCACGACACGGUGGGGGCGCGAAGAUGCCCGAAACCCGCGCGGGCGCCAGCGACUCUCGCGCCAGUAGGCCCUCUGAUUCGGCUCAAGACCGGGGGGUCGGGGAAUUCUCGGGCCGCGAGGAGAGUGAGCGACGACAGGGCGAUGCUCCGCAGCUGUCUAGUUCAAUAUCUGGUCCCGUUCGGCCCGGUGGGCCCCAGCUGAACAGCUACCACCACCCUACCACGGCGUCCCCUUCCGCUUGGUGGGGCCGCAGAUUUGGAGCCAUUUUAAGGCCAAACCAAUCAGCCACGCCCCCUCGCGCUCCCGAGAAGCCAAUCCACGCGCGGCCACGCCCCGUAAGGCGCGCGGCGACGACGCCAACGGUCGCGCGGGUGACGGUUGGGGAGGGGCGUGAUUCGCAGAAGAGCGGGGGAAACCUGAGCUGGCCGCUCCGCCCUCGGAACCCGACGCCCCAAAGCCUGGGAUUAGGGCCUUGGAUGCUGGCCCCAUGCCCUGGCCAGGUGUGCGGGACUCGACCAGCCGACUUGCGCGGUGCCCUCCGGGACGCAGGGGGCGCUGUCAGCGCGCUUCGGAGAACUUCGCCACGACUCCGCUGACCUAGCUCAGGCCUCUUUGCACGCGGGUCCGUCAUG